CAUCUGCUCGGGGGGCCAAUUACGGUAUCGCCUUUUGCUUAUUCCAUCCCAUGUCAACUUCAGAGAGUUCGUCUCCCAACAUACAUGAGACGGAAUAUGCAUUCCCAAGAGAUCAGCUUGCAGAAUAUAUGACAGAUGAAUCCAAAUCUCCAUUGGUCAUUGUUGCUUGCGGAUCCUUCUCUCCUAUCACUUAUUUACACCUCCGCAUGUUUGAAAUGGCAAAGGACCACUUUACGGACAAGACAGAGUACGAGCUGAUGGCAGGGUAUUACUCACCUGUCUCAGAUGCUUAUAAAAAGGAAGGCUUAGCACCUGCCUUACAUAGAGUCAAGAUGUGUCAGUUAGGCGUAGAGUCUACUUCGGAUUGGUUAAUGGUUGAUUCCUGGGAAUCUCGGCAAAGCACGUACCAGAGGACAGCUGUGGUUUUGGAUCACUUUAACCACGAGCUCAAUGUUGUAGGUGGUGGUAUCAAGCUGAAAAAUGGCGAGCGACGUGACAUCAAAAUUAUGCUUUUGGCUGGAGGAGACUUGAUCGCUUCGUUUGGGCAUCCUGGAGUAUGGGCCCCAGAAGACCUCAAUCAUAUUCUUGGGAUAUACGGAUGCGUCAUAAUAGAGCGUACUGGCACCGAUGUGUACGGCUUCCUCCUCUCACAUGAUAUUCUGUAUUCACAUCGAAUGAAUGUAGUGGUUAUAAAACAGUUGAUCCACAAUGACAUCAGCUCCACAAAAAUACGACUUUUUGUGAAGCGAGGCAUGUCAAUCAAAUACUUACUCCCUAAUCCUGUAAUCGAGUACAUCCAAACUCAUGGACUAUACAUAUGAAGAGGAAGCUGCGUGAUUAAUUUUUGAACGUCGAGUCAACCAGGAUAUGAGGAUGACUAGUUGGUUUUUCAAUAGACUUAGAUCACUUUAGACAUCACUUCAUCUGUCUAACACAUUUUUUUUUCCUCACUGUAGCAUACCAGCUGCAUUAUUUCUUCUUGCUUUUUUUUUUUUUUCUGACUGUAUUUUUACUUUUACGAAACUUAUAGAAACAUUAUUUGUCAAUAGCCAAUUAAACACUGAAAGGGGCCCUGGACUCCAUCCUAUGGCACGUGAGAUGAUGGCUGUUGAACCAAUUUGAGUUUCGCUUGAUACCACCCAAAUGGGAUGGGUGACGGCAAAGGCUAGGUUGCUUCAUUCCGUGGUAAAAAAAAAAAAAGUACCCACCAUCAUGACGCCUCCAUAGCUUAUCUAUUACCGCGCUCGUUCGUCAGACGCCCCGCGGAAGAGACAAAAG